AAGCCAACGCCGCACGAUCAGAAUAACUUUGAAGCGCGUCGCGCGCGGUCGUUUAUAUUGCCUUACUCAAAAAGUUAUAUUCAUUUGAUUGGUUCGUAAGAGUGUUACCAACUUUUACUAUCAAAUGUCAAUUUGUGCUUAAAGUGGAACAGUGCUAACCAAUUCUUCGGGCCAAAUAAAAAGAGUUCAAAAAGUAACAAGCAAAAGGCAAACGUUAAAGCAAAAGCAAAAUCUUCUACAAACAUGUUGAAACUAUGGAAAGCCCUGACUCGCCGCAAAACGGACGAUGUCAAUGAGAGCGAAUCGAUGUUGGCGCGUGUGCUGAAUCUCUUUGAUCUGACAGCACUCGGUGUGGGCAGCACAUUGGGCUUGGGUGUCUAUGUGCUGGCUGGUCAGGUGGCCUAUAAUAUCGCUGGCCCGGCUGUUACCAUAUCCUUUCUGAUAGCUGCCCUCGCGUCGGCAUUUGCGGGCAUCUGCUAUGCGGAGUUUGCAGCUCGAGUGCCCAAGGCAGGCAGCGCCUACGUCUACAGCUAUGUGACCAUUGGCGAGUUUGUGGCCUUCACAAUUGGCUGGAAUCUGAUAUUGGAGUAUGUGAUUGGCACGGCGUCGGUGGCACGUGGUCUGAGCGGUUACUUUGACUCGCUGAUCGAUAACAACAUGUCGAAGGCGCUUAUCGAUACGAUGCCCAUCAACGUGAGCUUCCUUGGUGACUAUCCGGACUUUUUGUCCUUUGGCAUGGUGCUCCUGCUCGCUGCUCUGUUGGCUUUCGGUGCCAAGGAAUCUAGUUUCUUGAAUAACAUUUUCACCACUGUUAACUUGGUGACAAUUGGCAUUGUUCUCGUUGCCGGUGGCAUGAAUGCAAACCCGGACAACUGGCGCAUUCCUGCUAGCGAAGUGCCAUCCUGGGCUGGCUCCGGUGGCUUCAUGCCCUUCGGCAUAGCUGGUGUCAUGGCUGGAGCUGCGAAGUGCUUCUAUGGCUUUGUGGGCUUCGAUUGCAUUGCCACCACCGGCGAGGAGGCCAUCAAUCCCAAACGUAAUAUUCCCUUGGCUAUUGUGGUAUCGCUGAUCAUCAUCUUCCUGGCUUACUUCGGCGUCUCCACGGUGCUGACCAUGAUGCUGCCAUAUUAUCUCCAGGAUCCGGAUGCACCAUUCCCAAAAGCCUUUGAUUCCGUCGAAUGGUAUACGAUCAAAUGGAUUGUGACGAUCGGAGCUGUGUUCGCGCUCUGCACCAGCCUGCUGGGUGCCAUGUUCCCACUGCCCCGCAUUCUCUAUGCCAUGGGCAAUGAUGGCAUUCUCUUCAAGCGUCUGUCCAAGGUGCAUCCGUAUACCAAGACUCCACUGCUCGCGACGAUUGUCUCUGGCUUGUUUGCAGCUGUGAUGGCCUUGUUAUUCAAUUUGGAUCAACUGGUUGACAUGAUGUCCAUUGGCACCCUGCUCGCCUACACGAUUGUGGCCAUAUGUGUCCUGGUGCUGCGCUAUCAGGAUGACCAGAUGACCAAAGUGGUCUCGGUACGUGCUCCGAAUGUCUUCCGUCAGUUCUUCUGCAACAGUUACAAAGUGCCCAAUACGAUGACCUCGGCCAUUACCAAAGUUGGCAUCGUGGUCUUCGCCAUCUUCUGCAUCGUCUGGUGCAUCUUCAUGAAGGUCUUCGAAAUAGAGACAACUGGUGCGGUUGUUUCUCUGAGUAUUGUCGGCUUAAUACUCAUUUGCAUAUGCGUGGUGAUUGCCAUGCAGCCGGUGUCGACGAUCGAGCUGACGUUCAAGGUGCCGCUGGUGCCAUUUGUGCCCUGCCUGAGCGUCUUUGUCAACCUGUAUUUGAUGUUCCAGCUGGAUUUGUUUACCUGGAUACGUUUCCUCAUCUGGGUAGCCAUUGGCUAUUGUAUAUAUUUCGCCUACGGCAUACGCAACUCCACGCAAAUAAGCAGAAAUCGCAAUCAUGCUGAGGUGGCUGCCAAUACCAUGCAAAACUCUUACUCUUAUCCUCAGCAGCAUGAGAAUCCCGCCUUCGAGCCGGACUGGAAGGUCGAGAAUGGCAUCAAAGAUGCGCCCCCGCAAUACGAGUACUCGGAAAAGCUAUAAAUCGAUCUAGGCAACUCGAACAUAGCAGAGCAAGUAUUAUAAGUUGCCUUGUAGCUUAAGACUGUGCCUCAUAGCUGACUAACAAUUGAGCAGAUAUUUAUUUUAGAUUAUUUUUAUUAUUAAUUAUUGUGCACUAAAAAGCGAAAAACAGCU